AUGUCACGAUAUACUGUUUGGACUGGAUGGACUGGUAAAUAUCGGUAUGUUAACAAUCAUCCUCUCAGAUUCACCCUAUUGCUGAUCACUUGUAACACGUCUAGAAUGGUGUCCCAGGCAGAGGCAACUUAUAUUGCGGCAGUGCCAUCUAUAGUGACGCAGCUCAUGAUUCAAAAUGACAAGGAUGUAGUUGCAAACGACAUGUCGAGUGGCUCGCCCCUCAAAUCCAGCAUUGUUCAAUUUCUGAAUGCCGUGAAGGGAGAAUCAUCCCUCUUUGUCUUAAAAUAA